AUGGUUGUGGAGGAUUUACAUUUUGACGUUGAUGAAUGGUCAUUGCAAGAGAUUGUCAGUCAGCUAAAGCAACUAGGGUAUAAGGGUUUCGCCAGGGUAUGGUACAAGGAACCUGGGAUAGAUUUGAAGUUAGAUCUUAGAGAGAUGAAGUCCGAUGGGGAUGCGAUGAGAAUGGCUAGGUCACUGAUGUCAAGUUCCUGCAAACAUUGCGAGGUAUAUGUUGUCGAUGGAGCCAGAGAAAGUAACGGAAUUGAAAUCACUUCAAGUGAUGCUGAUUAUGUGCCAGAGGAAGGUGAAGACAGUGGCACUGGGUUGAUAGAGGUUGAAGUGGAUGCUGAGUCAGAGCCUUCUACUGAAGAAGAGGUAUUUGACGAUAAUGCUGAUGAUGGUGACCAUGAGGAUCACUUUGGGUUUGAGGUGGAGGAUAAUGAUCCAAAAUCAAAUGUAUUUGGGGAAUUUACUGGCCCACUAAAUGAUGAGGGAACUGCAGCAGCUAGAACAACUGGAGGUGAUGAAGGUUUAAGGGAGGGUGAUGAGCAAGUUGGGGGCAUAUCUGAUGAAUAUGAGACUGAUGAUAUAGACAGUUAUGAGGGAGACUCUGAUGAUAUGAUAAAAAAGAGGAGGUUUUCUAAAUACAAUAAGGCAGAGAUGAACAGAGAGUAUGAAUUUCAAGUGGGGCUGGAAUUUAAAUCACUUAGUCAAUUCAAAGAGGCUGUUAAGGAGCAUGCCCUAUUGAAUGGUAGGGACAUUAGGUUUCGAAAAAAUGAUAAAGUGAGGUGUAGAGUUGUUUGCAAAGGAAGAAAGGGAAAGUGCAAGUGGAUUUGUUUUGCAAGUAAGGUUGGGGGUUCUGACUGUUUCAGGAUCAAUACUUUGAAUGGAAAGCAUACAUGUGGAAAGAACUAUAGCGGAAGACUUGCAUCAAGUAGUUGGAUCUCAAAGAAGAUUGCCAACAACAUCAGUAGAGGCGAGGAGAUGAAGCUUGCGAAAGUUAUUCAGACUAUCCAAGACAAAUACAUGGCCAAUAUCAGUGUUGGUAAGGUUUACUGGGCAAGGAGGAAGGCAAGAGAAGAGGUACAUAGGCAGCCAAUCCAACAGUAUGCUAAGCUAAGGGAUUAUUGUGCAGAGAUACUUAGGGCAAAUCCAAGAUUUAGUCUGAGCAUAUUGGUUGAUAGGCCUUCUCUUACGCACCAGCCCCGAUUUAUGAGAAUGUACAUGUGCCUUGAUGUAGUCAAGAAAGGCUUUUAG